AUGAAAUUGUUUGGAAUUAUUUUUGUGGCUGCCUGUCUUCUGGUGACAAUCGAAGCAGCUCCCGAAAAGACACGAAUUGGCCAAAAAUCUCGUGGAAAGAAUCAGGAUGCCAUGGUCGAUGUUGUCGCUAAGGAUCAGGAUGUGAAAGUUGGAAAUGGCCAGAAUGUAGCUGCUGCUGCUGCCGGACAAGGAGCUGGUGUCAAGGAUCCGUCCAGUGGACGACUCUUCCUCAAGAAGUUCCUCACCUUUAAGAAUCUGUUCAGUAGCAAUAAUCAGCCCGUGAUUCCGAUCAUUAUUACGGGAGCUGGCACUGGAACCACAACUGGAACCGCCUCCCCCACUAGCCCCACGGUGACGGUGACCUCGACGGGUACUAUUCCCUCGGCAACUGGUACGAUCACCACCUCACCCACCUCACCCACUUCACCCACUACGGGCACUACGGCCGGCCGGCAGCAGCAGUCUUAUGGAAAUGAUGAUGACGAUCAGGAUGCCGAUCAGGAGCAACAGGAUCAGGCUGUAAAACAGCCAGCUGCCGCUUAUCCCUCGGAUCUGAUGGACGAACAGGCACUGCAGGCUGCUCUGGCCGCCGGUGCUCAGGAAUAUGAAGUGGUCACCGACGAUGAAGUCCAGGGCACAGGAGCGGUGGGAGGAGGAGCUGGCGAGAGCAAGGCCACCAGCAGCCAUAUCAACCUGCGCCGGAAGGGUGCCCGUCGCGGUCAGGUGAUCAGCGUUAGGAUUCCGCCCCGGUAUCGCCGCUACUUCAAGAACGGCCAGAAGGUGAUGCUCAACACCGGCAGCCGUCCCGGCAACAAGAGGCGUGUGGUGCGCAAGCGCGUUCCCGCCAAGAAGUUCAACAACCGUCGUCGCGGCGGCAACAAGAAGAACCGCAAGAACCGUAACAAGAACAGGCGUACUCGCAUCAUUCCCGCCUAAAAAAUCAACAAGGAAUCAGUACGGAAUCAUUAAGGAUUCGUCGCUCGGGCUGCCUGAGGGA